ACUGGCCAUGGAAAGACACGAGUAAGUUUGAUGCCAAGAUCCCUAAGCAUGAGUUCGACAACUUCAGUUUGUGAAUUUCACAGAGAUCAUAAAGAGAUUCAUCAGAGUCAGCCAAAGAAACUGCUUUUGCUCCUGUUUCUAUAAUGGACAUUCCCUUUCACUAUCAAGCAGCAACUGAACUGAUCAUAGAAAUUUGCAGAUUCUCAUCUUUCGUGAAGCUUAAAGAGAUCGCAAAACGUUGGCAUCCAGCAAAUUACGCCGUGACUGUUAGCCGAUUCCCCAUAUUCAGACACCGUCUCAAUGCUGGUUCAAUGUUCACAUUCAGCGGAUUUGAUGUGGUUAGUUGCAAUCAGAACUUCAGGCUGUCUGACUCUCUUCUGGCUAUUCGGUUCAGUGACUCAACCAACUUUGAUGCGUUAACGGAACCGGCUUCUCCAAUUCUGGUAGAGCGUUUCAGGUUCCGUGAUCUGGAUUCUCUACUUGACCUAGCCAACACCAGCACACAACUUCCAGUGAUGGUCGUGACUUUGAGUUUGUUUGAGUCACAAGCUGUGUCGUUUCACAACAAACUGGAACCUGGUCUUCUAGACAUACGACGUUGAGAAAACGUUUGAUGCAUAUCGUGAGACUGUAAAAUUGCUGAAUGUGACUCUUGCACCAAACCGAGUAGAAGCUCUUUGGAUGAUGAUGAUGAUGAUGAUGAGGUGGGUGAUUGGGGGUUUGUGGUGAGGAAGCAUCGAAGAGUGGAGGAUGUGGACCUGACUGGAGGUGAAGGAUCUUCGUUUAGGGAGCCGGCGAGAGCGAUUUUGAAGUUGAGAGAUAGGUGUAGGAGAGGAUCGAAGGUGCGAAGCAGAGGAUGAUGACUGAGUUGGAGAAGCAGAGGAUGGAAGCUGUGAAGGAGCUUGAGUUGCAACGGAUGAACAUGUUGAUGGAUAUGCAGAUGGAGGUUGAAAGAUCCAAGUUUGGCAAACGCAGUGUUGCUGCUUCAGGUAAGAAGUUGUAUAACUUCUGGAGAAUCAUCUGAACCAUUGUGUUGUUGUAUAGGUAAGAAUGUGGCAUUGUGGCUUCAACCAAUUUUUCAGUUGAAUUUUUAUACGUUCUAAUUUUUUUGUGUGCAUCGUUUCAGUUUUAUAGAUUACUAACUAUGCAUAAACUGAGCAUUGAAGCUUCAGCUUACUUCCUAAGAAAAAAAUGCAUUACUUAUGCCAAAA